AUGCUCCUUGCAACUCAUGCGAAUGUUUCCCGCGCUCAUGGAGGGCACGACAAGACGAUUCUUGUGCUCAAGAGAGAGAAAGGCUGGCAUGGCUUCUCCCGCUCCACGAGAUCAUCCACAAGAGCGGUGUCCACCGCGAUCAAGCAUGAGGUACACAGGAUGCACAUCGCCAAGUUGAAGCCACAUGUGAUAGAAUCCAAGAACAGCUCUGCGAUCCAUUGCAAGCUGAUUCGAAACUCGGCAACAAGGAAGAGAUUCCUGGAGAAGAAUGAGCUCCAGCAUCUCGGAGGGCAUGUUGCUCUCGCCAGCUUCCCUUCGUCCGGCAGUUUCAUCGCCCGGACUCUGAUCGAGAAGUCGACAGGGGUGUGGACGGGGAGUGAUGUCAAGGAGUACGACAGGAAGAAGCUUGCUGGUGAAGGAACCCAUCACGAUGCCGUUUGGUUCGUACAGACUCACUGGCCCGACCGCCCGGCUCCCUCGUUCUCGGCUCGUAGGGCUGUCGUGCUGGUGAGGAACCCGCUGCAUGUUCUUGUCACGUGGUUCAACACCAUGGCAACCGGAGCGCAGAACCAAACUCUGCCCAAGUUCGUCUACAAGCGCUGGCGCAACGUGUGGGAGAGCUUCGUGAAGCACGAGCUCCAGGUGUGGAAGGGCUUCCACGACUACUGGCUGAAGCACAGGAGCUCCGAGAUUCCUGUGCUCGUUGUGCGGCUCGAGGACUUGCUGGGCUCGCGCAGGGAGCAGGUGGUGGAUGAGAUCGUCGCCUUUGCUGGGGCCAACGCGUGCGGCCUGAAAGGCUCGCACGCUGCCUGUCUCUCGAGCUUGCCAGGGAGGGAGGAGGAGCAGCUGGGGAAGGAGCUCAUCUUGCCGCAGCUCUUCAGCCCGAAGCUGCUGGAGUGGGUUAGGAACGAGACCAGGACGUGGGCUUGCCUGCUGGGAUACGGGAGAGAAAUUCUGGGAGAGGGAUGGGAGAAGGUGUGCCGCGCUGCAGAGAAGAAGUCGUUCAACAUGGCGGGGAGCAACGAAGGAGAGCAUGUGAGAGGAUGCAGGGGGCUCGGAACGGGGGCAGAGAGCAGCGGCGGGUUUAUGACGAUCAACAGGCCUCAGCACUUCUGCCUUAGAGAGUAUCUCUGUCAUCACAGGAAGAUCGGGAACAUGCGCAUGCUCGAGCAGACGCCGCACGUCGACGGGCCGAACCUCAAGCGCAUCCUGCGCAUGAAAGGCUUCCGAAUGAACGAGCUGCGGGCUGGGUAG